ACAGCCUCUGGGAUCCCCAGGGCUAAUGGGCAUCCUGUUCUUGCAGCAGGGCACCGUGACAAAGUCUCUGACCGUGUGACCAAGUUCCUCUGAGUGUCCAGACAGCCCAGGCUCACCAGCUCCCUCCAGCUACCUACCGUCCAUCAGGUCAGUGGUCAGCCCCAGGCUGAACACCCACCCACCCACCCCAGCUAUGACCUCCUGGAGGCACGACUCCCUCAGGGCCAGCAGCCCGGAGCCCCUCCCAGUGGUCAUCAUCGGCAAUGGCCCGUCUGGUAUCUGCUUGUCCUACCUGCUCUCUGGACACAUCCCCUACGUGAGACCAGGAGCCGUCCACCCGCACCCCCUGCUGCAGAGAAAGCUGGCUGAGGCUCCAGGGGUCUCCAUCCUGGACCAGGACCUGGAGUACCUUUCCGAAGGCCUCGAAGGCCGAAGCCAGAGUCCUGUGGCCCUGCUCUUUGAUGCCCUCCUGCGUCCUGACACAGACUUUGGAGGCAGCAUAGAUUCUGUGCUCUCCUGGAAGCAGCAGAAGGACCGCGCUGUUCCCCACCUUGUCCUGGGACGGAACCUCCCUGGGGGCGCCUGGCAUUCCAUUGAAGGCUCCAUGGUGACCUUGAGCCAAGGCCAGUGGAUGAGUCUCCCGGACCUGCAGGUCAAGGACUGGAUGCGGAAGAAAUGCAGAGGUCUCCGGAACAGCAGAGCCACAGCCGGUGACAUCGCCCACUACUACCGGGACUACGUGAUCAAGAAGGGCCUAAGUCACAACUUUGUGUCUGGUGCCGUGGUCACCGCCGUGGAGUGGGCUAAGUCCGAGCAUGGCAGUCCCGAGGUCCAGGCACCCAGCCCCCUCUUCCAAGUGACUGGCUACUUGACUACCAAGGACCGAGGCCACCAGCCCUUCUCACUGCAGGCCCAUAACGUGGUCUUGGCCACGGGCACCUUUGACAGCCCAGCCAUGCUAGGCAUCCCAGGGGAGUCCCUGCCCUUUGUCCACCACGACCUGUCAGCCCUGGAAGCAGCCCUUCGGGCAGGCACUGUGAACCCAACCUCAGACCCGGUGCUGAUUGUGGGAGCCGGGCUAUCUGCAGCCGAUGCUGUCCUCUUUGCCCGCCACUACAACAUCCAGGUGAUCCAUGCCUUCCGCCGGUCUGUGCAUGACCCGGGCCUGGUGUUCAACCAGCUGCCCAAGAUGCUGUACCCCGAGUACCACAAGGUGCAGCAGAUGAUGCGCGAUCAGUCCAUCUUGUCACCCAGCCCCUAUGAGGGCUACCGCAGCCUCCCUGAGCACCAGCCGCUGCUCUUCAAGGAGGACCACCAGGCAGUGUUCCAGGACCCACAGGGGGGCCAGCAGCUCUUUGGGGUCUCCAUGGUGCUGGUCCUCAUUGGCUCCCACCCCGACCUCUCCUACCUCCCCAGGGCAGGUGCUGACUUGGUCAUAGACCCAGAUCAGCCACUGAGCCCCAAGAGGAACCCCAUUGAUGUGGACCCCUUCACCCAUGAGAGCACUCACCAGGAGGGCCUGUAUGCUCUGGGGCCGUUGGCUGGGGACAACUUUGUGAGAUUUGUCCAGGGCGGGGCCCUGGCCGCUGCCAGCUCCCUGCUGAAGAAGGAGACCAGAAAGCCACCUUAACGUUAGCCUGAUGCCCUGACACACAGGCCCUGAAGAGGAAGAGGGCUUACCACAGCCCAACGGGACAUGAGCCCAUCUAGAUUUCCCAUGCCGGAAGGAGUUUCCCUGGCAGGAGGGGAAGACUUGAGCCAUGUGGAUGGACUAUCUGCCCCAGAGGCAUGGGGAACACAAGCUGCCCUACUCUCAGGCAGACGAGGCCCCAGGUGGGAGCAGUAGCCAUAGACCGGAGGGUCCCCUUGAAGCUGUCAGUGUGUGCUGGAGUCACAGGGCCAGCUGAGUGCCCAACUUGGAGGACCCCAGGCCCAACCUUUCACCCUCAGAUCUGUAAUAAAACCAGCUGUGCCUCCA